GCUAAUUUCACCCCGUAGUUAUGAAGCAGGACUAAAUGACGGACUCACGGUCGUUGAGGUAAAAUGAGUUCUCAGCAGUUUCCUCGGGCUCCCUUACCUCCAGUAGGAGUGGGACAAGGCCCAGCAUCUACUGGCAACAGCGCUGUCAUUUCAGGAGUCCAAACAGGUGGAGAGGAAAGCGGCAGAGAAGCAGACCACCCUCAGGACUCUAUCCCUGGUGGCAGUAUGACUGGAGCAGCCUUGCAGUUUCGUGAGGAUAAGCAGGAGACUGUGGUAGUUAGACCAUAUCCUCAAGUGCAGACUUUGAGCCAGACGUCGGCUCUGGCACAGCAUGUGUCUAUCCAGCCGAACACCACAGUCACUGUAGCUGCGCCACCAGCUCAUCUCACUCCCGGACAGCCGCCUGCUUUCACUGAAGGAGCAAUCAAGGCUGGCCUAAAGUCUGCUAUGCCCAGUCGACUUAUUGCCCCAGCUCCAGCAGCUAGUCCGGGGCACCUUUCUGGCCCAGCAAAGGUGCCUGGUCAUAUUACAGUUACCCUGGAAAGCAAUAUGCCUUCAGCCUCCAUCCCAGUGGCAACCAUCAGCGGUCAGCAGGGACAGAGUAAUCUGCAUCACUUAAUGGCAGCCAACCUGCAGAUUAUCAGGGGGAACACACCUGCCCUGCAAAUCAGCUCUCCAACCGCUCCACCUCACACAUUCACUUCUCACCUGCCCAGAGGUGCAGCUGCUGCAGCUGUGAUGUCGAGCACUAAAGGUCCUACUGUUCUGAGACCCGCUUGUGGUGCAAACACAGCACCUGGUCAGCCUGCAGCUUUACAGCACAUCAUCCAUCAGUCUAUUCCGUCUCGCCCUGCAGUCACCACCUCCACUGCUGUGCUGUCCACUGUGGUAGCCCCCAUUUCAACAGCCAGAACUCAGUCUCCUGUUAUUAGCCCUCCUGUUACACACACUGCAGAGAUAGUGCAUGGGCGCGCAGGGCUUACAAUCCACCCUCCAAUCCCUUCUGCCACCAUCAGUAUCCAGAGGCCUCCGACACCGAGAGAUACAGCCACACGCAUCACCCUGCCUUCCCAUCCAGGAAUGGGAGCUCAAAAAACCCAACCAGCACACACGAUGGCCCAGAAGCCUAUUUUCAGCACUGUGACUCCUGUUGCUGCGGCAACUGUUGCCCCCCUCUUAGCUACCAAUACUGUCCCAUCAACUACCACGACAGGUUCUGCACCUCACACCCAGAUGAGCAGCAGUACAAUUGUCACUAUGGCGAUGGCUUCCCACUCUUCUCAUGCCACGGCUGUAACCAGCUCUGCCAUUCCUGUUGCUAAAGUGGUUCCUCAGCCGAUUGCACACACUUCCCCUCGGAUCCAACCUGAAUAUUCCGGGGAAAGAACAAACCUGAUCCCCAUCUCUGGCCAUCGCUCAUCCCCUAACCCCGUCACUAUGGAGGCCCGCAGUGACAACAGACCCACCGUUCCAGUCCAGUUCCAGUAUUUUUUACCCACAAACCCACCAUAUGCCUAUCCGCUCACGCACACCUAUACACCGAUCACUAGCUCUGUUUCCACUAUUCGACCCUAUCCAGUCACAGCACAGGCUCAGAGCUCUGCCAUUCCUGCUCAGGCUGGUGUGGGUGUGGCCACUACUGUGCAUUUAAAUCCCAUGCAGCUGAUGGCUGUGGAUCGCAUCGGCCUCCAGUCUGCUCAAAUCAGUACUCAAAAUCUCCAGCCAGCUUCCAUGACUGCGCAGGGCAUUCAGCCUGCACCAAUCGGAGUACAAGGCCUGCAUGCCACCGCACCAAUCAGUACACAGGGGAUUCAGCAGGCACCAGUUGCCACACAACAGUCACAGCCAGAGGCAAAACCACCAGGUGUAGUUCUGGCUGAGAGCACUGCGUUUGUGACCAACCCAAUUGGCAGUACAUUCAGCGCUACGCAACCAGUGACCACUGUUGUUCAGACUCACCCCCAGGGGACGAGCACAGGUGCACCCACACUGGUCUCUUCACCCAGACCCAGCAUCCUCCGCAAGAAACCUGUAAAUGAGGGAGCUGUGCGUAAAACUCUGAUCCCAGCUCAGCCGAGCGAGCCUAGUUCUGCAAGAGUGGAUAGUGCUGUGCGACUGGCUGGAUCCCCACGACCAGCAGGCGUGAAGCCCAAAUCUGACAUUCAUGUUGCCAUGACGCCUCCGGUGAUGGCCACUGUGGAGGCCCUGCCCUCUCACGGUGGAGAACAGCAGCCCCUCUCAGCUCCAGCUCAACACCUAUCACAGGCCAUUCCUGCUGUUCUGGCCCCACCCAUUCCCCCACCUCCCUCUCAGUCCGCAGCAGUUCUGUCAGCCCUCCCCGCAGCCAUGGCCGUAACUCCUCCUGUUCCUGCCUCUAUGGCCAAUGCUGUCUCCUCCCCCACACAGCCAGCAGCCAGCAGCACAGCAGCGCUUAGCUCCGCCCUUCCGGAGAUCAAAGUAAAGCAGGAGGCGGAGUCUAUGGACAUGUCACAGCCAGCUCUUUCCAUCGCGUCAUCGACGGUCCCAGCCUCCGUCUUCUCCUCCCAGGCCUCAGGCCUCACGGUGCCCUCACAGCCUGGAGAUCUUCUGCCUGGCGCUUCCCCACGCAAAAAACCACGCAAACAGCAGCACGUUAUCUCCAACGAGGAGGGUGAGAUGAUGGAGACCAACAGCACUGAUGAAGAGAGGGCUAGUAGCAGAACUCCUGGGAGCAAAACAGAAAGGCCAGAGUCACCUCCUAGGGAAUACGUGGAUGAAGAAGGUGUACGGUAUGUGCCUGUGCGCCCCAGACCUCAAUUCACGCUUUUGCGUCAUUAUAGAAACCCCUGGAAAGCUGCGUACCAUCACUUUCAGAGAUACACUGACAUCCGUGUUAAAGAGGAGAAAAAGAAUUCUCUCCAGGACAUGGCUAAUCAGAGGGGGGUUGCAUGCCGGGCACAGGGCUGGAAGGUGCACUUAUGUGCUGCGCAGCUUAAGCAGCUGACAAGCCUGGAGCACGACGUGUACAGCCGCCUCACCACGCUGCAGGAAGGACUCAUCCCAAAGAAACGAGCAGGAGCUGACGAUGACCUGCACCGCAUCAACGAGCUCAUCCAGGGUAACAUGCAGCGCUGCAAACUAGUGAUGGAUCAGGUGACUGAAGCAAGGGACACCAUGAUGAAAGUUCUGGACCAUAAAGACAGAGUCCUCAAGUUACUCAACAAAAACGGCACAGUCAAGAAGAGUUCAAAGUUAAAGCGCAAAGAGCGGACCUAGACAAGAUGGGAGCAAUCUCUCUCUCCAUCAUCUUCCUCUCUCUGUCUCUUUCUCCCCCCCCUCCCCAACCUUUAAGGUCGAACGAAAAAAUAUGCUCCUCAAAAAAAUAAAAGGAACAUUAAGUCCCGGUUUGACUCGAACCAUGCAUACACAUAUGAGAGGCGUUCAAGUCAAACUGGGUCUAAAGUGUUCUCUUAAUUUUUUUUUGAGCAGUAUAUUUCGGUUCAGUGUUUGGACCAUGUCAUUGUUUUUCAGUUUGCUGUGCACAAUCACACAGGAUCUAAAUGUACGUCACUCCACCUGUGUCAGUUUGAGCAGAGAAAGCAGGUUGUAAACCCUCUGUAUCCAUCUGGACCCCUUGUCUCAACCAAUUAAACUACACAGGAGCUGCUGCUUACUGAGGAUUUGUUUUCCUUUCGGUCCAACGAACAUUUUUGUUUCGCCUUCCCCCAAGGAAUUUUUUGUUUCGCCUUUUAUAAUGAACAUUAAGUUGCAGUGCAUUUUUUUUUUUUUUUUUUUUUUUUGGUCAAAGUAGAAUUGUUUUGCUCAUAGAGAUCUUUAGAGACUUGCACAUGCUUGAUGGAGAUUUUUCACCAUCAUGUCGUAAAAAGUGAAAAUCAUGUCUCUUAGACUACGUACCUCUUAAUUUUAAUCUUUUACUAAGCCGACUGAAGGAAAGUGUGUACAGGUAUAAAGCUUGGUAUUCUGCACACACAGACCCACUAGAGCAAGGUGUGUACACAACCUGAGUUUCAGUGCCUUCUAUCCUGGGUGUAGCUGGGGAAAUUCUGUGUUUGCAUUGAACACACUUGAGGAAACAUUUUCAGAUCAGUUCUUAAAAGAAAAAAAAAUGAACAUACCCCAAAUUUCAUAUUCGGCAGUGUAGUCGUUUCUCACUGUCCCCCAUUUGCCACUAUCUAUUCUUUAUUUUGUUGAUCUUUGAGCAAAGAGAUCUGAAGAGCAGCUGAGGAUGGCACAUAGAGGUCGGGUAUGUACUUGAAAGAAGCAGUAUAAUUGUGUAAUAAGAAUGUGUGGAUCGUGUAACAUUUUCAACCUCAGAAGAUGAUAGUUGUAAAAAAAAUAAGAUUUGACUUGCUGUUUACUGUAAGUCCUUUUUUUGUGUUUAUUGAGACUGUUUUGUGCUCUGUUAAUGUGGCUCUUCAUUUACAGAUAUAAAGUAAACAUUGUGGUUAAAACUUAGUUUAAGAAAUAAUUUUGACUCUUUUGUACAUUUUGUUUUUCUCUUUUGUUAUCUGUAUACUAUGUGCUAUUGCAGUAAAAGAAACUAUGUACAGUU